UUCCGGGUUGCUGUUGGUCAUUUACGGACUGAACUCAGCGCUCUCCCCAGUAGGUUUCUGAUAGUGAGCUGUUGCUUAUUCACUGACCUACACCUGACACACACUUGGGCUGUUAACACUCUUCUGAGGUUCUAUUCUAUGUAACUGUCCCCCAGAGUACAAGAAAAAAAAGAAACAGCAUCAUCGCUGUUAGUUCCUCUAUGUCAGUCCACCACAAGGGUUGCUCUCUACUAAAGUGCAGAGCUGCUUGGACUCAUUUACGGACUGUACACUACUCGGUACGUUUGUGAUACUGAGCUGUUACUUAUUCACUGACCUGAACCCAACACACGCUUGGAGUGAUAUCACUGUUGUGGCUACAAGAAACAGCGUUUGCAACAUGAAGGCUGCACUCUUGGACUCUUUUGUCCCGCCUCUCAUGCUGGUCAUCAUAAUGUAUGUCCUCAGUGAGAGUCCUGAAAAAGUGUGUCCUGAAAAGGAUUGGGUAAUACUCACUGACCACCACAUUUGUGCAGUGAGAGGAUCAUCAGUGGUCAUGCCCUGCUCUCUCACUCCCUCGGCUGGUAAAAAAGCAACUAACGUCUUCUGGCUGAUAAAUGCUAAAGAAGGAAAAGACCCUCCUGAUAUUGCUGAUAAUCCAUCUUACCAUGGACGAGUGAAGUACUAUUGGAAGAAGAAGAACAACAAUAAGAACAGAUGCACAUUAAAACUCACGGAUGUGAAGUUCAUAGACAGGGCUAGUUAUUGGGCAAGAAUUAUAGCUGGCAAAGACAAAUGGCAGAGCUGCUCUUCAGUGCAAUUGUCAGUCACAGGCCUGACCGUUUCGAUCCCCACACCUGUGAUGAAAGGUCGUCAGGUGAAGCUGAGCUGCAAUAAUGAUUGGAUGGCAAACCCACAGUGGUAUGGAGAAAGAAUGGAGAAGAGUUACCUGGUGAACCAACAGACAACUAUGAGCUUCUCCUCCAGAGAGUCAGUACUGAAGAUGAGGGAGGUUAUUCCUGUGCUCUAAAAGGCCAUGAGGGACAUCCAUCUACUCCAGUGAAGCUCAACG